AGGCGGGGAGCACGAAGAGGGAGCGGGACGGUUUCGGGGUGCGAAGAACGCCAGCUCUUGCGGUAAGCCGAGGUACCAACCCACCUUCAAGGAGACGAAAAACAGACAGACGCCCAGACCAGAAGCAUCAAAAGGCGCACAAUUCUGGCAAUGUAGUGGAAGGAAUCCUGGCCAUUGAACACAACAGUGAAGCCCAAGCCACCAUCUGUGUGGCCUGGCAGUGGGAUCUACUCCUUUUGUCGGCCAGUCGCUCUGCUGCGCUGACUGCGGUAGACGUGACUUCAACUUUGAAAAUGCCGCUCCUUCCCAGGGCUGUGUUAAGCCAGAGCCACCUUUGAAGAUACGCCUACUUGGCUGCAAGGCUUCUACGUGGCAAACUUGUCACGAGUCGACUACUAGGUGCAUUGUGAUGCAGAGAGGGGGGGUGGGCUGUACUGCCUAGAGCUCAGCCCGUGCUUACUGCCCUAGCACCCCAACUUCUCUCUACCUCUGUGGGUAAAACUUCUCUCUCAAGGGCACGAAAAAACUAGUGGAGAGUCCGGAGACCAUUUAUCAAAACUGGAGGCUGCAGGAAAGGCAGGGCUGGUGACAACGAUUGUGAUGAGAACACACCUCGGGCCGCUGCUUAAACUGCCGAAGAGUUGUGUCGUUACCUAAGUAAGCUUAAGCGAAGCGCAUACGUCUGUGAAUGGUGCUCUGCAUCUUGGAAAACCUAGCCACUGCAUGCAUCCUCAGUGGACAAAUCUCAUGGACCCAGAAUGGCAGACACGUAACCCGGGAGACAGCUGACAGAGGCUUUUCAGUUCUGCUGUGUAGGACAGUUCACGUUGACGCUCCCCUUUUGAAAGGGCCAGAGGUUCUGGCAAACAUUGUGGACUUGAUCGCAACUUCUGGCAAACGUUGCAGAAGUGCUCCGAACGUGUGUCCAGGGGCCUGAGUACCAAUAGACCAUGCUGGGCUCGUCACAGCUCGUCACAGCUGCAGGUAGCUUCCAUGAGUGAUAAGCUGAGUCACUAACAACUUGUUCUGACUGCAGCAGUGGCAAGUGGCGAAAAUAAACACCCUUUAUUAGAGGGGACAGGGAAAGGCGGUGUUGGGCAGUGGUGAGGAAGAACAAACUCAGGGAAGUUUGGGAGAGAAGGGAGAGAAAAAGUGAGGUGGAGGUGCUAAGAGAGAGAGAGAGAGAGAGAGAGAGAGAGAGAGAGAGAGAGAGAGAGAGAGAGAGAGAGAGAGAGAGAGAGAGAGAGAGAGAGGACAAGUGCAGCCUCGCCGCCUUUCUGUUGUCCGCUGGAGGUGCUCGCACUUCAUCAUACCCUAACUUUCAAGAGUGUUUUUGAACCUUGGUGCUUCACCACUGUGAUGAGCGGGUAUUUCGUCAAUGUCUUGUAAGAGUCAAAUAUGGCAAUCACAACUUUAAACGGAUCCGCCUUUCUGUUGUCCGCUGGAGAUGCUCGCACUUCAUCAUACCCUAACUUUCAACUUUCAAGAGUGUUUUUUGGACCUUUGGUGCUUCACCAUUGUGAUGAGCGGCUAUUUUGUCAACGUCUUCCAGAAGAGGGAAGCGGUACGUACCCUGGAGGCUUGAGCCCGUGUGAAGAAGAUAUCGCUAGGGAACUGGAGAAGAUACAAGGGAGGGUGAUUGCGGUGGAUUGCAUGCAUGGCCAAGUGUUACAUGGUGCUUGCUGACCUCGGUGGCGUUUGCAAGCAUGGUGUGGUCUGGUCUGAAAAGGUUGUCGAAUAGGAAUCCGAAGAAGUGGCUGUGCCACCAGGAAAAUCUUACAAGCGAUGGAAAUGAUUGUCCAGGAUCAGGUGCUGUAGAGAAGAGGGAGGAGGAGCACUGUAUCGGCAGGAUUUGGUGAACAUGAAGCUGAAAUUGAACUUUGAAGCUGCGCUCGCAGACAACGGCCCUACACCCGCCUAACCUUCUUGUUUGUGAAAGCCAAGGUAAGUGCCCGAAUCAAGGAACUGUGGCAUU